UAUUCCAACUGAUUUACAUGAUUACAAUUGUGACCCUGACUGCAAUCAGACAAGGCUUCACUCCUAACCCACCUCUAACACACAAUGCUCACACUAUUUUUUUCACUCUUUAGCUUGAAAUCAUACAAGAAUUUCAAUAUUAUGCAUAACCUACCCAAAAAUAACCUUUAAAGUGGCUCUUUUAUCAGCUCAAUCUCUCUGCUAAAUGAUCCUGUCCAGUGACCUAAGAUAUAUAGAAGAAUCAAAUAUUUUCUCCAUGUCUUCCUCUUACAUUCUUCCGUUCUCUGCCUAUCUGGUAUAAAUAUUCCCUAAAAUGUGCUCUCAAGAUAUACAUGGCAUGCCAUCAGCCCAAAAUCAAAGACAACAUCACAGAAACAUCAAGAGCAAAAGUGUUGCUCAGUUGAAAAAUAAAGAUGUCCGUGAGUAUAUACACACCCACACAAGCCACUUCACAGGAGUCAAGUAGAAUAUUUAAUACAGAGCACCUCUGGGAGUACAAACAACAACACUCGUCUGCACAAAGUGGUGCUGCGAAGAUCAGCUCGCAAUCGGUAGCCAUGAUAAAAUAUUCAGAGCGAUUGCAACACGCUCGAUCAUCACACAGGGAAAAUCCAGCAUGACCCCUCUCCUGACAACAACUGCCUCUCUGCUACCAGUGGUCCACCAGGCCUGGGCUUGGAGACUGGGAAAUGUAAAAAAAAAAAAAACAGUUUGACCUGAGGGCUAAAGCAAACAGAACAAUUGAAUUUUGCCUAAUAAAGCUUAACGUGAUUAAGGCGGGAUGAAGAACAGGCUGCAACAGGAGGCUGAGCUUUUAAAGAGUGGCCGGAGAGUACGGGGGUUAGCAGAACCAGAGCCAGAGAACAGAGGAAUGGGUGCGAGGGCAGGACUGCAGGAAAAUAACUGAAGGAGAGAAGGAAAAAGAAAGAAAGAAAGAAAGAAAGAAAGAAAGAAAAAGUAAGAGAGAAGGCAGGGAAGGUGGAAGGAAGAAGCAGGUGAGAAAGACACCAGUAUUAAAUGAUAAAAAUCUAAAGAAACACCUCGGGCGAAAAAGACCUGCAUUGUUAAACCGGAAGAGACAAAGUCAAAUUGUAUAAAAGCCUUUUUUAGAAAGAGAGCCCUCACAGUUGAGAAAAAACACUAAGAGCUCCUCUAACACCAGGUAGGACAAAGGAGAAACACCUCUGACGUUUUUGAGUUCUGAAUGACAAUACUGUAAUUGUGUGUCAAACCAGCGAGAAGAGAGCAAAAUAAAACAAGGAAGGGCAAAAACAAUUACCCAAAAACAGGAAGAAAGACAGAAAGAAGGAGAGUUCUCAAGGACCCCGGCGGAGGGCCGAUGCGACUGCUGAGCAAAGACCUGCGUCUCCAAGACGUCACCCUCAUGUACCUGACACUGCUGGCCACACUGGUGGUCAUUCUGGUGGCUUCCUACCAGACGACCAGUGGCCCCUCGCGGACUCCGCUGCGCUACCACGUCCCCCUGGACCCUGCCGGGCAGCUGGAGCUCUCCUGGAAUGUCAGCUACGCCCGGCAGGAGGUCUACCUGGAGCUGUGGGUCAAGGAGCCACGCCACGGGGUCCUGCUGGGGAUGUCCGACCACGGGGAGCUGAGGGACGCCGACCUGGUGCUGCUCUGGGACGACGGGAGCAGAUCCUACUUUGGGGACGCCUGGAGUGACAGUCAGGGAGUGGUGACCUUGGACAGACAGCAGGACUAUCAGCUUCUGGAGGCCCAUCACACACCUGAGGGCUUAUUCCUGCUCUUCAAGCGGCCCUUCAGCACCUGCGACCCACACGACUACCUCAUCGAGGAGGGCACGGUUCACCUGAUCUACGCCACGUUGGAUCAGCCAAUCCACUCGCUGUCGCAGCUCAACCUGUCUCUGCUGCAGACGGGGGUGCAGAGGAUGCUGCUGCUGCGCCCCGACAACCCCUCGCCCCCCCUGCCCGUGGACGAGCGCACGCUGGACGUGCUGGCGCCUGGCGUCACCAUCCCCCACCAGGAGACCACCUACUGGUGUCACAUGUACGAGCUGCCCCAGGACAUGCCCAGGAACCACAUCGUCAUGUACGAGGCGGUGGUCACCCCGGGCAACGAGGCCAUCGUGCACCACAUGGAGGUGUUUGAGUGCGCCCCCGAGAUGGACAGCGUGCCACCCUACAGCGGCUCCUGCGACUCCAAGAUGAAACCGCCGCAGCUCAACUCCUGCCGCCACGUGCUCGCCGCCUGGGCGCUCGGAGCUGAGCCGUUUUACUAUCCUCCCGAUGCUGGCAUGCCCUUUGGGGGGAAAGGCUCCUCCAGGUUUCUGCGUUUGGAGGUGCACUACCACAACCCUCUCCUCACCUCAGGUCGCCGUGACUCCUCUGGGAUCCGUCUCCACUACACGCCUAGCCUGCGGCGUUUCGACGCGGGGAUCAUGGAGCUGGGGCUCGUCUACACCCCCAUCAUGGCCAUCCCUCCCCGCCAGAGCAGCUACCUGCUCACCGGAUACUGCACCGCCAAGUGCACUCAGGCCGCUCUUCCUCCGGGGGGCAUCUUCAUCUUCGCGUCCCAGCUGCACACUCACCUGGCUGGGCGUGGGGUGCGGACGGUCCUGGUGCGUGGUGGUCGGGAGGUGGAGGUGGUGCAGGAGGACAAACACUUCAGCACACACUACCAGAUAAUCCGGACAUUGAGGAAGAUGGUGAACGUUUUGCCGGGCGAUGUCCUGAUAACCAGAUGCACAUACAACACUGAGGACAGGAACAAGCCCACAGUGGGUGGCUUUGGCAUUAUGGAGGAGAUGUGUGUGAACUACGUGCACUACUACCCCCGCACCCAGCUGGAGCUGUGCAAGAGUCACGUGGAUCCCGGCUACCUGCAGAAGUACUUCAGCCUCAUCAACAGGUUCAAUGGGGAGGACGCAUGCAGCUGCGGCCAGCCUGGCGUGACGGAGCAGUUCUCCUCCCUGCGCUGGGACACCUUCAGUGCUGAGGUGCUCGGCUCCCUCUACAAAACCUCCCCCAUAUCCAUGCACUGCAACCAGUCCACUGCCCAACUCUUCCCCGGUGAUUGGGAGAGACAGGAACUGCCCCAGGUUACUGAUCAACUCCAGAGACCUCUCUACCCCUGUGAGGGAGGGGGACACCCCCAAACGCCCGCCUCCAGCACCCCCAUAGAGGUGAGACCUGAGCAGCUUUAACACCCAGGAGUUGGAGCCUCUUCCUGGGGUGCACGUGCACACUCCUCACCCGGCUCUUAUGGAAGUUCUGCUCCUCACUCAGUCAAAGCCAUAAUGGAGAAUAUAUCCUUGAAGUGGUAAAAUAUGUCUAAAAAGUCAAGAGAAUGUACACAUUUGAAAAACCAAACCGCUUUG